AUGAAAGAAGUUAAGAAUAAUCAUUUAGAUCAUCAUUUAACAUCAUUAAUAAUGGAAGAACAAGAAACUAAAUCUAUUAAUAGAAUGUCUUUUUUUAAUUUAUUAUCAAGACGUUUUCAUGUUAUGAUAUUUAUAAUGCUUGGAUAUUCCAUAAUGGUGUUUGCUAAAAUAAAUUUAAGUAUAACUAUGACAUGUAUGGUUAAUAGUACAAGUGUUAUCUUAAAAUCACUUGGUAAUAAUAGUAUUGAUAGUGAAUUAACAAAUAUUCCCACUCAAUGUUUAACUAGGGACCAUUUAUUGGUGAAUAAUACUAUUACUCAUACAGAUACAUCAAUAAAUUUAUCAAAAAUUGUAAAUGAUUAUGGAGGAACACUUGAAUGGAAUACAUAUAUACAAAGUAUUAUUAUAUCUGGUACUUUUUGGGGUGCAUUACUUACUGUACUUCCAUCAGGAUUUUUAGUUGAACAUUUUUCACCAAAAAUAAUAUUUCUUCUUGCUGGUUUAACUUAUGCCGCAACAUCUGCCAUAUUUCCAUUUUUGGCAGAAAAUUUUACCUAUCAAUAUGCAUUUUUUGAUCGUUUAUUUAUGGGUCUUGGUGAAGGUUUUCUUCUACCUGCAGCAAAUACAUUAAUAUCAAGAUGGAUACCAAAAGUUGAACGAGGAACAGCAGCAACAAUGUUAACAGCAGGUAAUCAAAUAGCUGGAGCUGCAGGUAAUCCUAUAUCAGGAUUUUUAUGUUCUAGUUCAUUUGGAUGGCAAGCUGUUUUUUAUUUAUGUUCUAUUAUUCUAACAUUAUGGGCUAUAUUAUUUGGUUUAGCUAUUCAAUCACGUCCCUGUAAAGAUAAAUGGAUGACAGAAAAAGAAAGAAAAUGGCUUGAAAAAGAAUUAAAUCAUCAGGGUGCUUUUAAAAGAAAAUUAGCAUUGUCAAAAAUUCCAUUUAUGUCAAUAUUUACAUCAUUACCUUUUUUAGCAGUUAUUUUAAAUCAAUUUGCAGCAAAUGUUGUUAUAAUUAUUAUACAAUUUUAUAUACCAACAUUUUUUAAAGAAGCAUUAUAUUUAAAAGUUAGUGAUAAUGGAAUUAUUAGUGCUAGUCCACAUAUAAUACAAUUUUUUGCAAAAUUUGCCUGGUCAACAUUGUUAGAAAAAUUGCAAAAAAAUAAUAAAAUUACUUCAACAACAGCAUCAAAAAUGUCACAAUUAUUUUCUGGUAUAUUUGUUUUUAUAAGUUUUAUAUCAAUACCAUUAACACUUGAUUGCACCAAACCAUUUAUAACAAUUAUUUUAUUUAUUUUUGCGGCUAGUGGUUUUGGUUUUUCUGUAUGUGGAUAUUAUACAAGUCUUCUUAACUUAGCACCACAUUACACAGGUGUCCUAACAUCUAUAUCAAUGGUUGUCGCAUUUUUAGGAAGAUUAUGUGGACCUAAAUUAGUAUCAUAUUUUAGAGUCAAUGGUAUUGUAGAAGAAUGGAAUUCUAUUUUUUAUACAUCAUCAAUAUUAUAUCUUAUAACAUCAAUCUUUUUUUUUAUUUUUGGGUCUUCUGAAGCUCAGUAUUGGGGUGAAAUUUGUGAAGAAAAUAGUAUGGUAGAACAAAACAAAAUAUUUACAAAUAUCUUAAAUGAAGAAAUUGAUACUUGUGAAGAUAUUGAAGAAAUUGGAAUUAUUAAUAAAUCAACAUUAGAUAUAUCAUCACUUAACAAUAUUUAA